AUAAAGAGAAAACGAAACCUUUCUAAUGAGAACCGAGUGACAACACCGCUUGAGUAUCUCCAGGCAUGGCUCUGCAGACCCCCUCUCUGGUGUCUUAUAGCAGCUCUCUGCUCUGCGCUGCUGCUCCGCUCCGAGCUUGGGGCGCCUCCAUCAGAACCGGUGUCAGGUUCAUACACAGUUUAACUCCUGGAGCCUCGUGUCAGCUCAAACGAAACCCAGCACCAGGUCUCAUCUGCCGCCCUUUGUACCGAGACUUAGCGCCGAAGUUUUCGACAACACCUGCAUUUUGGACGUCUAGCCAGACAGGAGGGCUCCCCUCGUCCCGCGGGAGGAGGCACUGGCUGGGUAUAGUUGCCCUUGGCACGGCUCUGGGGGUGAGCUCUGCAGCCCUGAUCCAGUCACUCCACACAGGGACGUUUGCCGCCAUGCCCCUGAAAGUUAACCUGAACUCUGCUGAAGGAGACUGGAAAGAAACCAAAGACUUCCUGCUGUCACUGGAGGAUAAACGCCCAUAUUAUCGGACCUCUAAGUUUGUGCCACUGGAGGACAUCCCAGUGUGGACUCCUUCUGCAGGUGCAGAGCAGAGUAGAUACCCGCGGAACCCAAAGUUAGAUCAGAAAAUCUCCGUUUUCAGUGGAGACAUCACUACUCUGGAGAUCGAUGCAGUUGUUAAUGCAGCCAACAACUCUCUACUUGGAGGAGGAGGAGUGGACGGAGCCAUCCAUCGAGCCGCAGGUCCCUUGCUGAAGAAGGAGUGUGCGUCCCUGAAUGGCUGCGAGACUGGACAGGCCAAGAUUACCUGUGCGUACGGCCUCCCUGCCAAGUAUGUGAUCCAUACAGUGGGACCCAUCGCACAAGGGCGAGUGGGAGAUGCUGAAAGAGGGCUCAUCAGGUCCUGCUACAAGAACAGCCUGCAGGCGGCCACUGACAGUGGGGCACGAUCAGUGGCUUUCCCUUGCAUCUCAACAGGAAUCUACGGAUAUCCACCGGAGCAGGCCGUGCAUGAGGCAUUAGCCACUGUGAGGGAUUUUCUGGAUGAGCACCAUGAACAGAUGGACAGAGUCAUCUUCUGCGUCUUCCUACCGACAGAUAAGGACUUAUACCUGUACAACCUCCCGCUGUACUUUCCCGCUGAUGCUGUUGUCAGGAGUAAACUGUGAGCGGAGUGGAUUUGUCAGGUUUGGUUGCUGUGGAUACACAACUCCAGCUCUCCCUCCUGUUUGCCUUCAUUGCUGCAAAUCAGAGCAGGAAGACAUGUUCUUAAAAGAGGCUUUAUUAUGGUCAUUUUGCAGAUGUUGGUCCUUUUUUAUUGUUUAGUUUUUUUUGUUAAUGACUGAAGAUGUAAGUGGUGUAUUUGAUCAGCAAGACACCGCAUGAAUUUAUAAUUUUUAAAGAUAAUUUGAUUUCAGUUGUAUAAUCUGUAGAACUACUUUGAAUGGUGAGAAUGUGACUUGGAGUGUAUUUGUGAUCUUGAUGAAGUUCCAAAUAGCCAUGAAAAUUGUCUAAAUUUGUACAAUUAAAUUUUGCCCCUAACCCUAACUCACAUAACCUCAAACUGAAAAUGUAGUUUGAUUUUCACUCCGCAAUACUUAUUUUUUACAGUUUGGUUUCUGUCACAGCAAAUGCUUCACCAAAUGAUUUUGCUUACAGAGAUGGUGUUUGUGUAUUCUAAAACCCUUGACUAAUCUAAGUAAACAUUAGCGUAGCAUCUUCUGUUUGUCUCCAGUCGGCCAUUGUUUUGUCUUCCACCUGGCUUCUACAGCUGUUUAUAUUGUUCAUACAUGUCCCAUGCCAUGUCCUGCCCACCUGGCACAGGGAUACGUUCUGCCCAAACAACAUGUAGCUGCUUCAGCUGCCACCUUUCCAUCCAUAGACAAUCUAUUGUGCUUUUAGUUAGUAAAUAAAUAUAUAUAUAUGUAUAUAAAAUAAAUCUAUUGCGCCGUUCUCGCCAAGCCCGUCUCCUCCUGCACCUGAUUCUUUUUGCAAGCUCAUUGCAACAUGCCAGAAUCAGACUGCUGCUGGAGACUAAUCGGUUUGAAAAGCCCUUAACUUGUAAUCGUGUGUCAUUACUGUUUAGCUUUUGUGUUAAGCUCGAGGCGACCAGUGAAUAAUGUGUCUUGUGUGAGAGAUGUGAAUAUUGAGAUUCCUGUGUGCAUGCAAGAGGCGAUGACAAAAGCUUAUUAAAACUAAUCACACUCGGG